UGAACAGUUGUCGUGCUUUCAAAAAAUGAAGUUAAGCUACAAGUUUUCAAAUCUUCUUGGGACAGUUUAUAAAAAGGGAAACAUCAUCUUUUCAAAAUCUGGUGACUGUUUACUUAGUCCUGUUGGAAACAGGAUAACUAUAUUUGAUUUGAAAAACAAUAAAUCAAGGACAUUGGCAUUGGAGAGCAGAAAGGAUAUUGCAUGCAUUUGUUUGUCACCAGAUAAUUCUGUGUUACUUGCAGUUGAUGAGGAUGGAAAAAGUAUAGUUUUCAGUUUGAAGAAUGAUACACCACUACAUUACUUCAGUUUCAAGCACCCGGUGAAAAGUAUUGAGUAUAGUCCCAAUGGAAGAUUUUUGGCUGUCACAGUUGACCGUAAGGUCCAGGUGUGGCAUGCACCUGGUGCUGGCAAAGAAUUUGCAGCAUUCACGAUCCUUCAUACGCAUACCGGAUUUUAUAGCAAUACAACUUGCAUCGAUUGGUCUGAUGAUUCACGAUUCUUUGCAGUUGGAUCUGAAGACAUGACUGCCAGAGUUUUUUCAAUCACACCAAUGGAAGGACAUCACCCAUUUGUUGUUGUCGGGCAUCGAAACAGCAUCAUUGGCUGCUUCUUCGAGGAGCUCAGCCUAAACUUUUACACGGUCAGUAGAGAUGGCGCCUUGAUGCAGUGGUCUUGCAAUAAGCAGCUUUCCGAAGUUAAGGAAAAAAGCAGAAAAAGGAAGGCGAGCCUUGAUGAAAACAUGGAAACUGAAGGUGAUAAGGAGAGUGGAAAUGACCCUUCUGAGGCAGAGGUUGUGUGGGGUAGAAAAGCAAAGCAUUUCUUUCUCCAAGAUCAUGCCGAUUUGAAUUCGGUUCAGUAUCACAAGAAAUCCAAAAUUCUGGUAGCCGGGUUUUCAACUGGAGUCUUUAUGCUUUACGAGCUUCCUGAUUUUAUACAGAUUCACGCAUUGAGCAUUUCACAGCAUCACAUCUCCAGCAUCGCAAUCAGCCCCUCAAGUGAAUGGCUGGCUUUUGGGUCAUCAUCGCUAGGGCAGUUGCUAGUUUGGGAAUGGCAAAGUGAGACUUAUAUUUUAAAGCAACAGGGACAUUUCUACGAUAUGAAUGUUUUGGCCUAUUCUACCGAUGGACAAUUGAUAGCUACCGGUGGAGAUGAUGGAAAGGUUAAAGUAUGGAACACUGUUUCUGGUUUCUGUUUUGUUACGUUUCAUGAACACACCUCUGGAGUGACAGGAGUUGCUUUCAAUCAAAAUAACAAAGUCGUGUUGAGCUCUUCUCUAGACGGCACGGUCAGAGCUUUUGACAUGACCAGGUAUCGAAACUUUCGCACUUUUGCUUCGCCAAGACCUGCGCAGUUCUCAUGUUUGGCCCUCGAAAGUAGUGGUGAAAUCGUCGCUGCAGGAUCUGUGAAUUCUUUUGAAAUAUUUGUGUGGUCAAUGCAGACAGGACGUCUUUUAGAGAUACUAUCAGGACACGAGGGCCCGGUUUCCAGCUUAGCCUUCAACCCAUCACAAGCAAUUCUCUAUUCCGCUUCUUGGGAUAAAACCCUGAAAGUAUGGGAUGUUUUUGCACAAAGCAGUGCCAAAGAAACGCUGCCACUUGGAACUGACGCGUUGGCAGUAGCGGUGAGACCAGAUGGGGUGGAGAUAGCUGUUGCAACUCUUGACGGACAGUUGACGUUUUGGCGUCCUACGAUUGCGAUGCAGACUGGAUCCAUCGAAGGCAGGAGUGCACUUGGCAGUGGGAGGCGUCGGACAGACAAAGUGACUACAAAGAAGAUGGAGUCUGGGAAAUGUUUUACAACUCUUUGUUACUCAGCAGAUGGUACUUGCGUACUGGCAGGAGGGAAAUCAAAGUUUAUUUCUAUCUUUCAUGUCGAGCAGCAGAUACUGUUGAGAAAAUUUGAAAUCUCAAGAAAUCGAUCUCUAGAUGGCAUGCAGGAAAUGCUCAACAGCGCCAACAUGACAGAGGCUGGGCCCCUUGAUCUGGUUGAUGACCAAGGUUCUGACAAAGAAGACAUUGUUUUACCCGGCGUCAUGAAAGGCGAUAUGAGUUCGAGGAAAGUAUCACCGGAAAUCCAGACAAAAUGUGUCAGGUUUUCGCCCACAGGUCGGGCAUGGGCAGCAGCAACAACAGAAGGCUUAAUGCUUUACUCACUCAACUCUUCUAUUGCCUUCACGCCCUAUGACUUGGAAAUGGAUACUACGGUGGAGCAAACGGUUGAACUGCUUGCGAAGAAUGAACUUGGCAGAGCCCUUGUUUGCAGUUUGCGACUGAAUGAAGAUAGUUUAGUUAAAAGAGUGAUGGAAUCAAUCAAACCAGACGAUAUUCAAGGUAUUUGUCAAUCAAUGACUGAGUCGUUUGCAGUUCAGCUGCUAAAUCAUGUGGCCAAGCAGUUGGAAUCAUCAGGACAUUUGGAGUUUUAUCUUAUCUGGACUAAACAACUGUUAUUUACAUGGGGUAAAUAUAUCAAAGAAAAUUCACUAGAAGUUAUGCCAUUGCUCAUAAAUUUGCAGAAAUCAUUGGCGAGAACCUCUGAAGAUCUGGGAAGACUGUGCGAUGGUAAUAUAUAUGCAUUAGACUAUCUUCUUAAAAUGAAGCUGAAGACCUCAGUGAAGGAUCAAGAUACGGGAACUGAAGCCGUGCAAAUUGAAACUUUGAACGCUGGUAACUUUGACAGUCUAGAAGUCUAGUUGAUCAUCUGUAAAGAGGGUAAAGACGUCAAUCUACACACAACGAGAAACCAGUAGCCCGACCAGGAAGAGAGAUAAGCCUUGUAUGGAAGAAUCAAGCUCUAUAUACGAUCUUAUCCGUAUUAACCGAUUUAUUUGUUACAGAAAUGGACCUUUGUUACAGAA